AUGCCGCGUCAGUAUAACAAAGCAACCGGUUCAGCAUUGAUUACCUUUGUAAAUGAAUGCUUCCCACUGGAUCCCAAACUCGAGAAGAUUACGGAUCUUAUUGAUGGGUUUGCUCUCAACAAGAUCUUGAGUACGUUCUCUACAUCCUCUUCUUCAGUAACUCUCCUUCCUAACACUUCCUCCUCUCCAGCCGACAUCGAUGUCGAGUACGCCGUUCACGAUCUCGAAAAGAUAACCUCCCCCUCGGUAUGGCUUGCCAACAAAAAGCGACUGGAAGCAGUCUACAAAUCUUUACAGCGAUAUCUGCGCGAUAACCCCGACUGCUUCGGCCCUAUAAACCUUGAUGGCCCGGUUGGGUUGAAUGCUAUUGCGGAACACAAUGAUGCUGAAGAAGCUACCAAAGUAGGUGAAGAUGACAGCGAUAUCAUCCACGGUACGCUCCUAGCUGACACACUCUACCAGCUCCUUGGGAUUUUUAUAGUCGCUGCUAUCAAGGGACCGAGCAAUGAGAAGUACAUCCCAACACUCAUAAACCUCCAGGACAAAGUGGUUCAAGAAGAAGUCGCCAAAAUGAUUCAACUCUUACAACCAGAUGUUCAGGACCUACUCUUAGACGAAACCGAUGCCAUCAAAACUCUCAGUGGUGACCUCGACCUAGCUGCUGAAGAAGCACAUGCGAAGCUACAAGCCGACUUCGACCUUGGCAAAAAGAGACACGCGGACCUUGUAACCCGCCUGGAAUACUUGCAAUAUGCCCAUGACGAGCUCCAACAAUUCAACGCCGAAGCCAAUGAUCGCAUACGAGAAUUAGAAAAGGCCCAGCUUGGGGACCAGACCGAACAUAUCCAAAGUUUAAAACACAGAAUUCAGGAGGAUGAAGACUUAAUCGCCAAUCAGGAACAGCAAUUGGAAACCGCCCGAGUCCUAAAGGAAAACCAAGCGAGGGAACUCCAAAAGUUGCGUCCACUGAAUGAGAAGGUAACGGCGCUCCAAGACGAGCUCAGUGAAGUCAAAAAUCAGAACGAUAUUCUCACCAGAAAGGCUAACACGGCGGAUCAUUACCAAAAGAAGCUCCAAGCCCAGUCUGAGUUGGAGUCGGCAAAUGUCAGGCUGCGUCAGCAAAUAGACACUUUGCAGGACAAUCAGAAUGAGUUUGAUCGAGUCAUGGAUGAAAACGCUAAAUUGGAGGCUACUAUGAGUGAGUAUCGUUCUCGCUUCGCCUCAUAUGAGCUCCAAUUCGUGGAGAUAAAUAACCAGAAAAAGCUCUUGGAAGGGGAGCUUCGACAACAACUCUCAAUGGUGCAGGGUCUUACCGCUAGCAAAAGCCACGAUGAAAACUUCAUUGCGGAUUUACAAGAGCAGCUGAGGACAGGUUCUGUCGCUUCUUUGGCCCCACCAUCACCUAGCAUCAAGCAGCCACUUUCUCUCGAGCAAGAAUUGGCAGAGUCCGACGAGCCUGAGCCAAAUUACCUCCUUGAGAUUUCUCGAUUAAAAGCGGAAGCUCAACUUCUUCGAGGGCAACUUGGAGGGACUACCAACGCUAAUCUUCGCGUGGAGCUUGAAGAAGAAGCAAGAAUACGCAAGAGAUAUCAAGAAACCCUUAGAGACUUGCAAGAGAAACACGCUGUUCUUCAACAGCAGUUUAAUGCAAUCAUCAGCAAAUCUGAUGCCGAAAAAGACGAAGCCGUUGCCGCCACCAGAAAGCUAUAUAUCGAGGCUAACCAGGAGAAUCUCGCGCUCAAGGCCAGGCUCUCAGAGACUCAAGCAGAGCUAUCAGCCCGUGAUAGGGAACUUCUUGAAGCAAAAUCAGAUCUUGUUGCUGCUGUUGCUCAGGACGACAUUGAUGCUUUGGAGGAGCUCAAAGCUACGCACGAGCUUGUCACGUCAUCCUUUGAAUCCGAUAUAGUUCUGCUACAGAGCAGGAACAAAAACUUGGCUACUGAUCACGAGCAAACACAGUCUCAUCUUGUUGACGCACUCUUAGCUAAAGACAAGCUCAGUCAACAGAUUGCAGCUCUACCUUCCAAAGCCGACGAUACAAAGGAGUCUAGCACACCAGCAACUCCAGCAGUAGCUCAGGAGCCUAUAGAGGUAAGUCACAUUACAAAUUCCCCUAUUCAGACACGUCAUAGUCCUGCGAAAAGACGCAGUUUCUGGCAAAAGGUUACUGCGUCGUUCCUGGGCACGACCGCUCCGCCUGCUGAUGCAAAUCGUCAAUCGCUCUGUCCGCCGGUCGCACAGAAUGGUGUUGGCGAUCCAGCUUCAUUGCAGAUUGACCUGAGUGAUACCUUUGCGUCCAUGGGCGUGAUACUCCGAGACUUGGAUCGUGAGAACAUGUCUCGCCCUGCGAGCUUCGUGUCUACAGCAACUCCAUCUCCUUUCGUCACGUCUGAGUGCCAAGCUACUAUUCCAGUGAAUGGUCCGAUAGCUCGUAGCUCUAGUCCUCCAUCUGACACGGGUUCCUUACCAAGACCCCCUCCUGGGGCUCACGUUGCGCGUCCUAGAUCGCGGACCCCUCCGAUAUCUCGUGGGUUUUAA